GGCAGGAAUCCCAAUGUGCCUGUGGUGAACAUCUCAUUUUUGAAACAACAUUUGUACAAGGGGCAGGUGUCCGUCCUCACCAUGUUCUGGAAAUUUGAUCUGAACACAACGUCGCACGUUGACAAGCUUCUGGACAAGCAGGAUGUGGCGCUACGUGAGUUGAUGGAUGAAGAUGACCUCCUCCAGGAGUGCAAAGCGCAGAACCGCAAGCUGGUGGACUUCCUCUGUCAGCAAUCCAGCAUGGAGGAGCUGGUCGGCCUCAUCACUCAUGAGCCGCCCCUGGACAUGGACGAGAAGGUCCGCUUCAAGUAUCCCAACACGGCCUGCGAACUGCUGACCUCCGACGUGCCACAGAUCAAUGACAAGCUGGGCGGGGAGGAGGCGCUGCUGAGCAUGCUCUGUGGCUUUCUGGACCAGGAGCCUCCGCUGAACCCCUUGCUUGCCAGCUUCUUCAGCAAGACCUUGGGCAGCCUCAUCGCCAGGAAAACGGAGCAGGUGAUUUCAUUUUUGCAGGAAAAAGUCACGUUUAUUGACCUGGUGCUGAAGCACAUUAAUACGUCCGCCAUGAUGGACCUUCUCCUGCGACUCAUCAGCUGCGUGGAGCCAGCUCAGCUGCGGCAGGAAGUGCUCAAUUGGCUGAAUGAAGCAAAGGUCAUUCAGAGACUCGUGGAGCUGAUCUCUCCCAGCCAAGAUGAGGAUAGGCAGUCCAAUGCUUCCCAGACCUUGUGCGAUGUCAUCAGGCUAAGCAGAGAUCAGAGCAAUCAACUCCAGGAGGCAGCUGAUCCUGAUCCACUCCUUGCCGUGUUGGAGUCGCAGGAAUGCGUGGAGCAGCUCUUGAAGAAUAUGUUUGAUGGGGAGAAGACGGAGAGCUGCCUUGUGAAUGGAACUCAGGUUUUGCUGACGCUGCUGGAGCCGAGACGUGCCGGAACGGAGGGGCUCGUGGAUUGUUCCUCUCAGGGGUGCGAUAGGUCCUACAUUGUCAACAGCAGCAUCUUGCUUGGCAUCAAACCCCGGCUGAAGGACUUCCACCACCUUCUGCUCAGUCCCCCCAAGAGGAGCUCCAUCCUGACAACCAUUGGAGUCCUGGAGGAGCCGCUGGGCAAUGCCCGUCUGCAGGGGGCCCGGCUGAUCGCGGCCCUUCUUCACACAAACACUGCCGGCAUCCACCAGGAGCUGUGUCGCCUGAACACUAUGGACCUGCUGCUGGACUUGUUUUUUAAAUACACUUGGAAUAACUUUUUGCAUUUCCAAGUGGAAUUGUGUAUAGCAGUUAUUCUGGCUCACUCUGCAAAUGAAAGCAAAUCAACUACAACAGAUAUGGAGAAUAAGGAGGGACUGGACGGGGGCCCGGCUUCAGAGGACUUGGAAGUGCCCAUCAGCCAUCCUGAAAACGUCAUGGUGACACACUUAUUCCAGACAUGCGGCCUGGUGCAGAGGAUCCUGGAUGCCUGGGAGGCAAACGACAAAAUACAGGCCAGCGGUGGGAUGAGGAGAGGCAACAUGGGCCAUCUGACCCGAAUUGCCAACGCUGUCGUGCAGAAUAUGGAGAAGGGCCCCAUGCAGGCCCAGAUCAGUGAGUUUGUUAGAGGGCUUCCUGAGGAUUGCAGAGGGCGGUGGGAGAGCUUUGUGGAGGAGACGUUGACAGAGGCCAAUCGGCGAAACACGGUGGACUUGGUGAGCACCCACCACCUGCACUCUUCCAGCGAGGAGGAGGAUCUGGAGGCAGCCUUCCCCAACGAACUCUCUCUCCAGCAGGCAUUCUCUGAGUACCAGAUCCAGCAGAUGACGGCCAACUUUGUGGAUCAGUUCGGCUUCAAUGAUGAAGAGUUUGCUGACCAGGAUGACAACAUCAACGCACCUUUUGACCGGAUUGCAGAGAUCAGUUUCAACAUCGAUGCUGAUGACGACAGCCCUAAUGCCUCCCUGUUUGAAGCUUGCUGCAGUGAACGAAUCCAGCAGUUUGAUGAUGAAGAGGAAGAAGAUAUCUGGGAGGAGAAAGUAAUCAGCUAUGCAACCCAAGUCAAGUCCAGGACACGGUUUGGAGUGUCUCCUUCCUCAGAGGGUUCAUCCAAAAGCGACUUACAGAAUGGCGCUCAUGAUGACCACGGGGACUCGGGGGGAGAGGAAGCAGAGCCGGCCUCUUCCUCAACCGCGGCCAGCACUGAGGACGACGGCAGCCCUUUUGAGCAGAAGAGCUCGGGCCCCUCUCCUGAAGGCUCUGAGUGGACAGCUGUGUUUGAACCUGUAAGUGACGAGCCAGCAGUGCCGUGCGUGGCCAUGGACGUGGGCUCCAGUGUGUGGGAUUCUGCAGCCUUUGACAGCAAGACGUCCGAGGAGAGGGGCUGGGCUAAGUUUGCGGACUUCCAACCGUUUUGUUGCUCCGAAGCAGGCCCCAGGUGCAGUUCUCCUGUGGACACAGAGGGCAGUGAUUCCGAAGGAAACCCCAAGCAGAGCCAAGACAAGAACUUCAGCGCUGCCUCCCCUUGUGUUUGGAACAUCUGCAUGGCUCGGAAGGCGCCCCUGGUGGCCUCGGACAGCAGCUCCUCGGGCGGCUCAGACAGCGAGGAAGAGGAAGAGAAAGCUGGCGCGGUCACAGGAACGUUCAGCACAGGUUCAGCCCAGGAAGCCAUCCCACUGGCUGCGGAUGCUAAGGCUGAGGAGGCGGUGCUGACCAGCACUGCUGACUCCCUGGCUGCUGACCCGCUGACCAUCCUGCAGACCAGCUCCUGUAAGCCCCAGCCUUGCAGUGACCUCCGGCACGCAUCUGUUGCCUCCACAGAGGCCCAGAGAGACAGGAAAGAGGAGCUCCUGCCCGAAUCAGAAGCAGCCUUGAAUGGUCCUGCGUGA